UUUUAAACGAGAAUAAGAUCCCUUCUUUUCCGUAUUUCGCAAUUUUUUGUAACUUACAGCUCUAUUCAUGUACAAAAGUUUCAUUAUACAGAAGAUUAGAUCUAUUAAAGAAAAACAUAAGAACCAGGUUAAAACGAGCCCAUUUGAACAUACCAAGUGUCGAGACUGCUAUGAAUCAGGUCGUUUUGACAAGCGUUACUACAAAUGCAAGUAUUACAAAGCCGUGAAUGCUGAUAAUGAUAA